UUCGCCAAACAUCGUCAGAACUUCGCCAAAAUUCGCCGGAGACUUUCGGCGAAUUUAAGGCGAAUUUGUGGCGUUUUUGGGGCGAAUUACGGCGAAUUUCGGCGAAUACUUUGGCCACGCCAAACGUCUUUUUUAUUCGUGGAAAUUAAUCUGCUCUGUAAAUUUUAUUUUACACAGGAAGAAUCCAUACUAGGUAUUGCAAUAUUUCAUGUCUAUUGGUGUUUUUGUGUACAGGAGCGCACCUGACAGUGGGACGUGGAGAUCUGUUCAGUGCUGGUGCUGUCAGUAGACUGAAUCUGAUUGGCCAUAGCGAUCACUAAUAUGGGACGUGAUAUGACGUCGCCGCGGUAUCCUCCUUGGAAUGCCACACCACAAUUCCGGUUUAUGCCGUGGCAUAAUUAUGAAUUCUGCCGCGGCAUAAUUCACGAGAUCCGAUGUUUUGAUUGGUUGAUUUAUGGGGCACACCGCGCCAAGUUGUCUAUUAUACACCUAGGCCUUAUGGUGGAGGGACAAAGGAGAUUGUCAUGGUUGACCAACACACUUGAAGGCCUUUAAUGACGGACAGUUUAUAGUUCCUAUGCAAGCCACCAAUUUUGGGAAUUCUUCACAAACCACAUCUGCAGACAACUUAUGUUAGACUGACCACCUGCCCACACCUCAUGCUGCCCAUCAAAAAUAUAUAAGGCUCACUUGUAUAUUCUUGUGCCUAUACCAUCAGCAUGAACUGCCGACGACAAUGUUCGUUGCUGCUGACCAGCCGCUCUGCGGUCAUUAAAGUCAUCGUGUACGCUGCUGUAAUCGUGAUAUUCAUGGAACUGCUGAGUUCGGUGCUCACAGAGAAAAACAAUGUCUUACGCUCAGUUGAUAAGUUAGACAGUAAUAAACAAUUGGCACCUCUGGUAAGUUUGGUGGACCGUGUGUCAAAUUCUAAUCUAGUCCUUCCCGGUGGUGCUGCUGAUGACAAUAACAAAGUUACCGCUGCUGGUCCAAUUAAAAAGAACGUUGAUCCUGCUGUUCCAGAGAGGAAACUAAAGUUUUCUCCAUUCUGCCCAAAACUGUUUGCUAAUGAUAAAAGUGCAAUAGAGGCCGCGCAUAAAUAUAUGGCAGCUAACCCUCGGACUCAUUUAACUCCGGCUAAUUACUCCGCCAUGGCGAAAGAGUGCGGUAAAUUUAUCCACGACCGAGGCUACAUUACGUCGCCACUCUCACAAGAAGAAGCCGACUUCCCAAUCGCGUUUGGAAUUGUCAUAUUCAAAGACAUUGAACAGGUUGAACGGCUUCUGAGGGCUAUCUACCAGCCUCAGCAUCUUUAUUGUAUCCACGUGGACGUCAAGUCGCCAUCAGACUACUACGCGGCCGUCAAGAGCAUCGCAGACUGCUUUCCCAAUGUGUUUAUGUCGUCUAAACGGGAAAGCGUGCGCUGGGGCACGUGGAGCGUCCUCCAGGCGGAUCUCAACUGCAUCGAAGACUUGUACCGCCACAAGCAGAAGUGGAAGUACCUGAUCAAUCUUACAGGUCAAGAAAUGCCUAUGGUCAGCAACCGGCAGCUGGUUAGGGUGCUCAAGGCUUACAAUGGCGCCAACGACAUUGAGGGUACUUUCAAAAGAAAAAAUAAAGAGAGAACCACAUUUGUCUACAAGAAUGACCAGAAGACAAAGGACCUGUUAUCACCCCCUCCCUACAAUAUUACACCGAUGAAAGGAUCGCUGCAUAUCGUCGCGUCACGUGGUUACAUCGACUUUAUCCUGCACAGUAUGAUCGCCAAGGCGUUUACUGAGUGGCUGAGAGAUACGGGUAUCCCAGACGAGACUUUCUUUUCAACUAUGAACCACAACCCACAUCUGGGUGUGCCUGGUUCUUAUAAAGGUGAGCCGGAGACACAUCCAGUUAAUAAGCCCUUCAUGACCCGUUACAAGAACUGGGGCAUCUGGCCAUUUGACUACGGUCAGUGUUACGGAAAGCGAGUGCGGCUGGUCUGUGUAAAUGGAAUCGGAGAUCUAUGGUUUUUAAAACCCAGGAAAGAACUUUUUAUCAACAAGUUUCAUUUGGACUAUCAGUAUCUUGCACUUGACUGUUGGGAACAGUUACAGUACAAUAGGACGGUGGAAUCCUCUGACCCCGGGUUUCAGUUCGACGACAGCUAUUACAGGGGCUUGUCAUUUGUGAAAGAUAAAGUUGUUAAUCCUGCCUAUACCUUGUAACCGAGGCUGAUCAUAUUAAUACACUCUUUUCUAAAGGUCCCUUAGGUUUUGAUUGCUAUGUAAACAAUUAAGGGGAACUUAUCCCUGCGUUUUUAGUUUGUCAUAACAAUACUAGAUGGCAAUACUUACACCAAUGAGGACCAUGAUGGGGAACACCUGCAUGCCACUCGGGUUGGCCUACAUACUUCAUUAAAACAUUUCAAAACGCAAAAGGCCAGUUUGGGACAAAUGGAAAUUAUAUUUACACACCAAAGGAUCUCUUUCCGGGCAACGUGGCUGUGGUUCUCGGUGGCAGGAUUUGGAUGCACUAAAAAAAUCAAAGGGUUUACAAAAUGAAAACAAAACAAACCAGAAGAUAGAGCUUAUUAAAAUGUCAAGUUGUGGUAAAUACAUGGCUGGGAUGGAUCAAAGUGGAAUUAAUUCUCAAUCUGUGGUUGAUUAUAAAUCUCCAAAGUGAGGCCAUCACAGAAAUAUGCUUUUUGACAAGAUAUUUAAGAAAAUGUGGUCUCACUGGUCAGUUUAGAACUCGUCUUUGAUAGGGUGAGUGACGAUUUGACGGAUAUAGGCUAUGAUGUACAGAAGUUAUUUUUUUCUCAGGCAUUUGGUAUUGGAAUAUUGUAAAAUGUUAUUUUGAUAUCAAAUUUGGUGAGGAUUAGAGUACUUUAAAGCCAAGGAACAGCAAUGUACAUGUAAUGUACAUAGAGUCUAUUACAAGGCUCUGGCCUUAAGAUGUUGAGUUUUUAAUUAGUUUUUCAUUAAAGGAGUAAUCGACUUUUUAAA